AUGCAGGGAUCGAUUAGAGCAGCGAAGCAACAUCUGGACAGAGAUUCCCGGGACCUGGAUACGAUUAGCUCGCAGCAACCAGAGCAGCAGCAUCUGGUGUGCGCACUACUCGCUUGGCAACAGCUCGGACAUAGUAAUGCAGACAGUCUCUACAGAUUUGUAGAACCUACAAUAAUAGAAAUGAGCUGUGCAGAGAAAUGUAUCAAUAAACAGAACCUUGAUGACAAACCAGAUAGUGGUACAUGUGAAUCACUGAAGCCGAACAAUGAUCAAGGUCCUUGCAAAAAAACAGUUGGUAUAAAACCUUUGACAGGAGGGAGUUUUGGAUCCCACACAGGCGGCCCAGUAGUGAAGUUACCACAGGAGACAAAACUUGUUAUGCGAGUCGAAAAUCAAUGUCCCUAUAGACAGGCAUCGAGGGAUUUACCAAAACGAUCAGAAAAAGACACGAUGAGUAAAAUUGACGCGGCUUGUUGUUUGGAUAAUGAAUGCGCGGAACGGCUAGCUGAGUUAGAUGCGGCGACAAAUGAGCUCCGUGCUCGAGCUGGUCAGCUUGCGCAACGAGAGGCCGAGAGAGUCGAGCUCCUGGAGCGCGCUGAAGCUGCGUGGAGAGACCUUGAAUCAGGCUACCAGAAGCGAUUACAUCUAGCUGAAGAAACAGAGGAGGACAUUGCUAGACAAAUACAAAAAUUGAUGGAUCAAAGGAACGAAAAUAAGAUCACUGCUACUAAUUUAGUGAAGGACUUGAAAGAAAGGAAAGGUAUUGUUGAGUCAAUGCGAGCUGAUUUGUCAAAGGUGGAGAAGGAAAUAUGCGAAAAAGCUUGCAUAAGGUUAAAACUCAUUGAGGAGGCAGCAAAAGGCGAAGCUGUCCUAGCCGAGGAGCAAUGCAAAUCAGCGCAGUACGAGCGAGACCUAUUGUUCAAAGAAGAACAAACUCGUCGCAAGUUACUAUCGUUGGAGAGUGAAAUUGAUUCUGCACGUGCUUUGACCUGUGAAGCGGAGCGAGCUAUGCGCGCGGAGCUGAGCGCGCUCCGCGAGCAAAUAGAAGAGGUUUCUAAGCAACUACUGCAAGUGGAUGUGGCGAAUGUACGGAUUAAGGAGGAGAAUCAGCAACUACGUCAGGAGAAGAUGGAAAUGGUGGAUGAUUUAGAAGGAUGCAAGGUUGUCUGUGAGGCUAAGAUGCAGGGUCGCCUGGAUGAGUUGGCGAAGAAGAAGGAGAUGCUGAAUGAAGUGAAGGAGAAGGUAUUGGAAUGCCGAUGUAAGCUGCCGGUCGAUAAAACCGUGGAAGUGAAGCGCACGCCCUCACUAGCCGCCAUAUGCCGAUGCGCUCCUGAAGAUAAGCUGCUGGAAUCGUGUUCGUGUACGUCGUUGCGGAGCAGGUUGUUGUCCAAUUUGUUGGCCGACCUGUUCGGGGGAUUGCAGACCGAGCUGGGCGGCUCAGGCUCCCAAAUGCCAUGUCAACUGCUCAAGUGUCUUGAUGACAAACACAACUGGGAUCGUGCCAGCGCAAUCAAGACAAAUUUAAGAAACUUCUUUUCGAAAUUGUUAAUGGGUGAACUUAACAUUGCUAUUGCCUCAUCCAUCGAAAAUUAUCACGCAAAGUGGGCGGGUGCAUCGUGUGCCGACAUUGCAAAGCCGAUUCCAGGUUCUGACGACGACGUAAGAGAGGGAUGGGAGCAGAGGGCACUAGAGAAACGUGCACAGAAGAUGGCUUCGCAACUUGCUGAACAAUUAUUCCAAGAACGAGCAGAACAACUUGCUCAGCGAGCCAAAGAAAUUGUUACUUCAGGGCCACCACCGUGUGAAUGUAAACCACAUAUUAAAAAAGAAGCUGCAGCUUUCCCGUGCUUGAUGCCUCCGAAUUCGCUAUUCAGUCCUGGCAUGUUUGUUGUCAACCGACAGACUGGUGAUACAACACCUGUCUUCUGGAAGCGCACCAUCCAGGAUGUUACGCAACUCAAACUUCAAAUAGAAGACCUUAAGAAGGACGCCAUAAAGAAGGAAGAUUUGAAACAAAUGGAAGAGAAAAUUUUCAAAAUAGUAAAGGAAGCUUCGUCUCUGUUUGAUUGUUAA